AUGCUUGCACUUAACUUCUAUGGCGCAGAUUAUGACUCAAACUCUAUCAUCACGGCGUGUUCCCCAUUCCGAGAUCUCACCGAACUCCGCAUCGAUUGGCAGAAAACACUUGAUCCCGCAGAAUUCUGCAGAGCAGUCGAAACAUCGUGUCCUCGGCUCCAUAAGCUGUCCCUUAGCCGCAUUGAGCUGGGCAACAAAAAGGCAACUGAGAUCAUCCAAUCCAUGAAGACGCAUCCACAUCUGACAAUCAUUGAGAUGGCUCCUGAAGUAAUACUGGCCAUGGAUGAGGGGCAGUAUGAUGGCAAGGUGGAUGUUUGGUCACUAGGAAUCACAUGUAUCGAAUUAGCUGAAAGAAAACCACCGUUAUUUAACAUGAAUGCCAUGAGUGCCCUGUAUCACAUCGCCCAGAACGACCCUCCAUCGUUAUCAACGUCUGGCUGGAACCAGUGCUUCCAUGACUUCAUCAAGGCUUGCCUGGCCAAGGAGCCCGACAGCCGCCCCAGUGCAAGACACUUAUUACAGCUUGAAUUUGUAACGAGGGACAGGCCGAACAACACACUGAUUGACCUGAUAGAGAAGACCAGGAAGGUGGUACGAGGGAUGGAUAACAAGAACGUUGGUAGGAUAGCCCAGCUCUUCAAAGGUAACUCCAACAGACCAAACGAUGACCAGGAGGCUAGCACAGAUGAUCAGCCGUCCGGGGAUUCGUUUGACCCCAGCGAGCCCACCGACAGCAUGAGCAGCAUCAACGACCGCAGCGAGAACAACAGUGAGUCGGGAAGCGUCAACAGUAUUCAACCUCCCAGCGACGGCAGUGCUGAAAACUCACAGAUGCGCAAUGAGAGGUUGCCGAGUGACAGCUUUAACUUCAGUGCGAGCUUGACGUCUGAGACGACACCGGAGAACCCGUUCACGAGGGACGACAGCUAUCGUGAGAACUUCAAGACCAUCAGGCCCACAUCGGUCGUCACCAGACAGAUGAAGGAACAUGAGAACGAACAGAGGCAACAAUUUUCAGGUUACAAGAGGAUGAGGAGGCAGCAUCAGAAACAGAUCCAGCAGCUGGAGACGAAGCUCAAACAAGAGAUGGAUGAACUGAGAGAUAAACUAGAUAAAGAAUUCAACCAGUGUGUGCAAGCUAAUGUCAAAGAACUUGAUAAACUCUUAGGAAGGCAUACAACAGAUCUGGAGAAAAAGGAGAAAGCAGCUGCCACUGAGGAGAAGAAACUCCUGAAGACAAUCACAUCCCAGAACGAAUCUGAAUUGAAAGCCUUCCAGCUCAAACAGAAGAAAGACUACAAACAUAACAAGGAACAAAUGAGAAAAGAAUUGGACAGUACUCCGAAGAAGGAGCACGAGGCCCGCAUGCGGCUCCACAAGGAAUCGCUCCACCAGGAGCAGCAGAGGGCAGAGAAUGACCUGCAGGAAAGGCAGAACCAGAAGCUGGACAAGGAGAUGAGGAAACUCAAGGGCAAACUCCUGCUCAGCAAGCAGACAAUCGAACAAGACCAGCUCAGAGAGGAGCUUCACAGGCGGCAGGUUAUGAAGGAGAUGGAGCACGUGAUGGCGCUGCGACACCAUGAACAGAUGCAGUCCAUCGAGUACCGUCACACCAAGCAGAUCCAGUCGCUACGCUCGGAGCAAAUGGAGAGGCAGUUCAGCACAGAGCUGACCAACCAGGCUGAGUAUAAUAAGACGGCUCAGCAGGACCUACGCAAGAAACAUUCACUGGAAGCAAAACAACAGCCCAAGGAACUCAAGGCCAAAGAGAAGAAGAUCGAACGUCAGUACCGCGCGGUAUGCAAGACCCAGAUGCUUCAGUUCAAGGCCCUACAGCAGCAGGUCUUACAGACGAUGCCUCGGGAGAAACAUAAGCAGUUCAUCAAGAAGAUGAAAGAGGAACAGACAAGAAAGAUGGCUAUCCUUGGGGAGCAGUACCGACUGAGCAUACAGGAAAUUAAUAUAUCCGUAUCUGUGAAGCUGGAUAAGUCCCAGGAGCAAGAGUGCAAUGUGCUACAGGACCGUCUCCGCCAGGAGAUGGACCUGCUCCAUGCCUACCAGAGCAAGACUCGGCUCCAGCAGGAGGCCCAGCAUCAUAAGGAGAUCAAGGAGUUGGAGGAGCGCGUCUCCAUCAGAAGGGCACGACUAGAGCUCAAGAUUGAAGAAGACUCGGCCAAACUAGAGGGUGAGAAGACGGAUCGGAAACGGAAGCUGUUUGACAGACACAAGAGAGAAACGGCCGAGUUCAACCGCGAGAUGAGCAGCCAUGGUCUAGAGCAGCUCUCUAUCAAUGACAUCAAGCAACAGGUCUUUGGAGGGUCACGACCUCUAUCCAUGAUCGAGACCAGCAACAACUCGUCACCGCGCAACGUCCGACGUGAGAACUCCUUCUCCUCUAGCUUCACAUGAUGAGGAGGGAUGCCCCUCUUUUUUUUAUUUCUUAUCCAUUAUUAUUUUUGCCAAUUUUUUUGUUGAGUUUGACUGCAUAUUUUUAUUACUCUUGCAUCGCUUCAUCGAAUAGUCACCUCCCCCGCCCCACGCUCGUAUCGAGGUGACGCGUUCGGCUGGCUCUGUACAGACAUACAACCCUUGUAGCUUAGGAAGAAUGUGUGUGGUCCUUGGUGCCCUGUUCUCUCCUUUCCUUAUGUACUAAAUUUAAUAUUCAUUCAGUGAAUGGUUUGAAAAGGAC